AUGGUCACAUUCGAAGACCCGGCUGUACUUGACGAUUCCAUGAAUUCUCAGCCGGAGCAGCAGGUGGAAUACAAAUUUGACUCCACCGUCCGAGCAGUUUAUCACUCUCACAGUGAUUCCAGGCCACUGAGGAAAUCCGCAAGACUUGAUGACCAGGACGAUUGGGGAAUCUACCCUAUUCGGCCCGAUCACUAUCGCGCGCCAGAGGUCGUCCUUGGUUGUGACUGGAAAAUGAGCACGGACAUAUGGAAUCUGGGUAUUCUGAUAUGCUCUAUAUUUCUCGGUUCGGAUUUAACCCAUAACCAACACCAUGCCCGCUCUGGGAUAUUAUCCAAGGCAAAGAACUGUUCCGCCAGGUUUACGAUGCACAAGGCCAUUAUGAUGCUAAAGCGCAUCUGGCAGAAAUGA